AGGCGUGGCCUGGAGAUGAUCUGGAUGGGGUUAGAGGAAAUUGCAGUGUGUGAGUGUGUGUGUGUGUGUGUGUGUGUGUGUGUGGAGAAAGUCAGCUGGCUGCACUUCAGCGGGAAUAUCGGCUUGGAGCAGGAGAAGUGCGAGAGAAGGAGAGAAGGUGCAGAGCAGCGCGGUUCGGUUCGGUUCGGUUUGUUUCAGACUCUUUCUGCUCCUGUUACAAGUGAAUGUACAAACAAGAGGUGAUCGUUUAGUAACAUGGCGGUGGCUGAAUGUCCGGAUUACUUCCUACACCACCCGAAUUAUCAGCAGGACAAUGUCGACCGAACUGCCAAUCACAGGCCGACGAAUCUAAUCGGUUCAAGUUUCCAACAGGCAACCAGUCGGAACUCUCCUAACCACCAAGAGGAUGACGUGGACCUGGAGGCGCUGGUGAACGAUAUGAACUCAUCGUUCGAGAGCCUGUACCACAGCGGCAGCAGCGUGCAGUGCGAGUCGGUGCCCCUGUUGCACAACGGCCAGCACACACACGCCCACACGCACGCCCACGUGCACGCACAGCCCAUCGCGCCACAUCAGAGACUGCGACGCUCGCAGCCCAUGCACAUCCUCGCCGUCAGGAGGCUGCAGGAGGAAGAGCAGCAGUUCAGGACGUCGUCUCUGCCUGCCAUCCCGAACCCCUUCCCUGAGCUGUGCAGUCCGGCAAGUUCACCCACGGCCUGCCCCGGCUCUUUACCUCCGUGCCAAGCAGCAGAUAUACAUAUCGUUAAGAUUUUCAGUGAGGACGGAAUGUGCAAGGUGGUGGAGAUCCCGUCCGGCAUGACGGCGCGAGACCUGUGCCAGCUGCUCGUGUACAAAAGCCACUGUGUGGACGACAACAGCUGGGCGCUGGUGGAGCAUCACCCAGUCCUGGGGCUCGAGAGAUGCUUAGAAGACCACGAGCUUGUCGUUCAAGUGCAGGCGUCUAUGACUAGCGAGAGCAAGAUUGUCUUCAGAAAGAACUAUGCCAAAUAUGAAUUCUUCAAAAAUCCUCUGAACUUCUUUCCGGAGCAGAUGGUGGCCUGGUGUCAAGAAAGCAACGGGACCAUUCCUCCAUCUCAGCUGUUGCAGAACUUCUUAAACUCCAGCAGCUGUCCCGAAAUCCAGGGUUACCUUCAUGUGAAAGAGACGUGCAGGAAGUCGUGGAAAAAGCUAUAUGUGUUUUUGAGGCGCUCAGGAUUGUACUACUCAACGAAAGGAACGUCAAAGGAGCCGAGGCAUUUGCAGUUACUAGCGGACCUCGAGGACAGCAACAUCUUUACCGUAAUCGCAGGCAAGAAGCUUCACAACGCGCCGACAGAGUACGAGUUUUGUAUAAAGCCCAACAAGGUCCGGAGCGAGCAGAAAGAACUGAGGAUGUUGUGUGCGGAAGACGAACAGAGCAGAACGUGCUGGAUGACGGCCUUCAGAUUGUUUAAGUACGGAAUUCUACUUUAUCAGAACUAUAAAGUCCCACGGCAGAGGAAAGCGUUGCUCUCGCACUUCCCGGCUCCAAUGAGGAGUGUAUCAGAGAACUCUUUAGUAGCCAUGGAUUUCUCAGGGACAAUAGGCAGGGUGAUCGACAAUCCUGUGGAAGCUCAGAGUGCCGCUCUGGAGGAGGCCCAUGCCUGGAGGAAAAGAAGUCGCAUGAACCCUUUGGGGAGCCCCAGUCCACUCCACUCCUCAUCGUUAAGUGGAGUGAUACACAAAACUCAGCUUUGGUUUCACGGCCGAAUCACAAGGGAGGAGUCGCACAGGAUGGUGCACCAACAGGGACAAGUGGACGGACUGUUUCUCUUGAGGGACAGCCAGAGCAACCCAAAAGCCUUCGUGCUCACCAUGUGUCACCACCAGAAGAUCAAACACUUUCAAAUUUUACCGUGUGAAGAGGACGGUCAUAUGUUCUUCAGCCUUGACGAUGGCACCACCAAAUUUACGGACCUGAUCCAGCUGGUGGAGUUCUACCAGCUUAACCGAGGGGUCCUGCCUUGCAAGCUUAAGCACCCCUGCACCAUGGUGGCCUUAUGACCCGUCCACCCCAAUCACCCACACCCCACCCCAUUUUUUCUCCAACAGACUACCAUGGGUUCUUUGCAAAACCAGACGACGUUUCACCUGGUUCGAUGAUGUGCAAGUGUCCACCGACAAAGUUCUCUACAGACAUUCCUAUACGAUUUCCGGAGGAUCUCCGAGCACCCCCAGGGCUGUGAUCAAGCUAACAAGAAGCUUUCGAAGGGGGUCGUUUUUGAUGAUCUGACCAUCCUUGUAUUGGAAACAUCUCCUGGACGAUGGAAGGUAGACCAUCAUCGAGGGAAGGAAUUGUGUUGAGACCUCUAGGACAUGUAGACAGUGGAAGACUUAAUCUAGCUUGACUUUAAAGCACAGGAAACAGCUGAGGUAAACACGGUGUAGUCAGAAACCCGAGAGUCCUCCUGUCUUCGUAGGUGGAGCUGUGGAACGAUAGGAGGCCAAAGCGCAGGACUGGAACGGAGACUUUGGACUUGGUUUGUGAAAGAAAGCGUCCGUUUCGCCCUAAGAUACGCCUCUUUCUCCUGCAUUCUCCAUCUGGAUGAAAUGAAUGUUACACCACAUAUAUGUAUAGUUUAUAAGCUCUCUUUGGAUUACUGUCCACUCGACACGGUUCCCCGUUUGCACUCUGUUUUGACUCUGUUUCACUGUAAAUCCUCAGCUAAUGUCCAAAUGCUCCAUCACCCCUUAAGACAUCGUUAAAACUUUGGAAGCGCCCUCUGCUGGCCGUCCAGGGUAACACAGCCUGAUGUGGGUGCUUGGAUCAGCUUCACUACUGCCACCAUUCGCUUCAAAGCGGAAGAAAAUUGGGAAAUAACAAUGUAUCAGUGGAAAAAUAACCACUAUGAUCACCCUGAACAAUGGCAAACUGCAGGGAGCUCCGUUAUAACGGAUGCAUUUUUUUAUUUUUAUUUUUUAAAUAGAGAGAUGUGAGAGAGGUGUGUCGGUAGAUCAAUAGGACGGUGCACUGUGAAGCCUCCAGAAACAACCGGGGCUCCAUCCAGUAGUAGCACGACGUACGGACGCUAUCUGACUUUUCACAGAAAAGCCAUCUUUAUUCAUUUACUCAAUAACAUAUAAAGCUAACGGGGAUUUACGCGAUCACUAAUACGCAGAUUUCGAAUGCAAACGAUGCAAUCAAUUUUUAAGUGUUGUUUCCGUGGAUCUAUUUAUUUUUGACCUGGAUCUGAACUUGAAACUUCUCGGCGCUGUUCUUUACUGCUCUUCCACACUUUCUCUCUCUCUCUUUUUUUGGUUUUUUUUUAUUGAGCCUCAUUGUAUUAGUUGAAAUUUGUUACACUAAAACCCAUGUUUUAUUUGCGCUCUCCACCAGAAUCUGCUGUAUUGCUUCACGAUAUGUUUUGGUCUUGUUAUCAUCACCUUCCUGUUCAGAAAUACAAACGUUUUUCGGCAUCCGGCGUCGUCACCGUAUUUCGCUUCCUGGAUUCCUGGAUUCCCGGAACGGACUGCAAAUGGUUUUGUCUGAAUUUUGCACAAUUGUAUUCAUGCGAAUUGCUGGGAUUUUUGUUUUGCCGAACGAUUGAGAAGGAGACGAGACGAGAAAUGCGACAUCCUGCCAAAUAAAACGCCACUAAAUCA